CGCAUUUUGAAAUCACAAUGAGGAUAAAUCAGAGGAAGUAGUAGUAGUAGUCGUUUGAGGCUUUGUUCGGAUCAUGUUGAUGUAAUUUAUCUUCAAGUUUGGAGAAAUGACAGACGGCAAAGAAGAAAAUGAUUGCAAGUGUGAAGAAGACAAAAGAUAUUGUUGGAUAUGUUUUGCAACAGAAGAAGAAGAUCAGGCAGCCACUUGGGUUCAACCAUGUCGAUGUCAGGGUACUACUAAAUGGGUUCAUCAGCAUUGCUUACAGAGAUGGAUAGAUGAGAAGCAAAGAGGAAAUAGUGCCCUGAAAGUUAACUGUAGACAAUGCAAUUCAGAAUAUGUGAUAUUAUUUCCAUCUUUUGGUAUAUUCGUAUACAUGAUGGAUUUGGCUGAUAGAUUAUUAUAUAAAGUGUGUCCAUUUGUGGCUGCAGGAGUUGUUGUUGGUUCAAUUUAUUGGACUGCUGUUACCUACGGAGCAGUGACUGUCAUGCAAGUUCUUGGCCAUAAGGAAGGACUACAUGUAAUGGAAGAAGCAGAUCCUCUAUUUUUAUUAGUAGGUCUUCCAACCAUUCCAGUGAUGCUAAUUUUGGGGAAAAUGGUACGUUGGGAAGAUUACAUACUGAAAUUGUGGAGAAGGCAUUUUGGACGUAUACCAGGCUUGAAAAAUCUUCUAAGUAGUGUUGCCCUGAUGCACUCCUUCAGAGAAUAUCUUAUAAAUGAUAACCUGAGUUAUUCAGAUCCAGUAUCUCAUACUCGUGCACUCUGUGGUGCCUUGAUAUUGCCAACUGUGGCUACAGUUUUAGGAAAGGUGUUGUUUAGCAGUGUACAGUCACGAUUACAAAGAGCCCUUUUGGGAGGAUUAACUUUUGUAGCAGUUAAAGGUGGAAUGAAGAUAUAUUUAAAACAUCAACAGUUCCUGAGACAGUGUCAGCGAAGAGUACUCAAUUUUGAAGAACAUAAUGAUAUAUUAUGAAUUUGAAUUAAAUAAAUUAAUUUUUAAAGCAUUCAUUUUAAAUAUCAAUAUGUUACUUAAUGAUGCAGUUUCUAAAUUUUGCCCUUUAUAAAAGUAUUAAUGAAUGUCCUAUAUACAUAUAUGAGCCCAUAUAUAUUUUUACAAUAAUUGUAUAAUAAUGGAAUUCUUAUAAAUUUUUUAAAUGAGAUCUCUAUGUACAUUAAGAUUUGUUACAUGUAAAAUAUAUUUAUAAGAUAAAAAUUUAAUAUAUAUAAAUAUAUAUAUUUACUGUAUAUAUUUAUAUUAUGUGAAUAUGUGAAGUACUUCUGUAAUAUAGUUGUAAUAUUAAAAAUCAAUACUAUUUUCCCAUUUUAAA